GCAACACUGUUAGAGAUUGUUUGUUGUAUAUUGUUACAUAUGAUGGUAGCUGUUAUUCACUUAUCCGUUUGAAUUAAUGAAGAGCACACUUACGUUACAAUUCUCUAAUAUUGUUUAAUAGGUUAUGGGUCCAGUUUAUUUUUUCAUGUUGCGUGCUUUUCAUAUUAUUUUUUAAGUUUUGUUUUUUUCUUAUUUUUAUACAUACUUAAGAUUAUGAUGGAGGAUUUAAUAAAGAUUAAUAUGUUGAAAAAUGCUGAUAAUUGGUGUCAGUGGAAGUUUCAAUUAAGAAUCUUAAUGAAAAAUGUGAUAUAUUCAGUGUGGUUGAUGGUCAGUGGACAAAGCCAAUCUUGGUGAAGCGUAGUAAGGAGAAUGUAGAAGAAGCACAAUUCAGGUACGAUCGAGAAUUUAAUUUAUGGAAAAAUAAAGUCCAAAGAUUAAUUGCAACAUCAAUUAAUGAUAGUUUACUUCAACUUAUUAUGACUUGUGAAACAUCAGAAAGUAUGUGGAACAAAUUAUUAAGUAUUUUUCAACAAAAGUCUGAGGCAAUUUUGCAUUUAUUGCAACAAAAAUUUUCAAAAAUCUUUACCAAAGAUGUUUCAGAUGAUUCAAAAACUCAUGUUUCUAAACUUGAGAGUAUUGCUUUACAAUUGAAACAGUUAGGAGAACCGUCAGACUCUAUGUUAAUGACUAAAAUACUUAUGACGCUACCUUUAAUGUAUAAUCAUUUCCAUAGUGCUUGGGAUUCUACAUCUCAAGACAAACGUACUCUUUCUAAUUUAAUGUCAAGACUCCUUAUUGAAGAAUUAAGAGUCAAGUGUAAGGAUGAUAUAGAUUGCAACAGCUCAAGUACAUUAAUAGCUAAAAAUUCAAAUGGGUUCAAAAAGAAGAAUGAAAAACAAAAUCUGAAAUUUGAUAAAAAUACAAAAGCACCAGAUGAUAUGUAUUGGUACUUAGACUCAGGUGCAAGUGACCAUAUGUGCUCACAUAGAAACUGGUUUAAAACUUUUAUGGAGUUCAAUGAACCUGUUUAUGUAAGAAUUGGUAAUGGUAAUAAAAUAAUUGCAAAAGGUACUAUGUACCUGAAUUAAAGGUAAACUUAUUUUCAAGUGGAGCUGCUUUGGACAAAGAUUUAUAAUGUUAAAAAUUUCAACAUUUUUGGUACAGAAGUUUUUGUACAUAUUCAUAAUCAACUUCGUAAAAAUUGGAUGCUAAAAGUAAGAGAGGUAUUUUUGUUAGAUAUUCUGAGAAUACAAAAGGUUAUCGUGUUUAUUUUACUGAUGAAAAUAAAAUAAAUAUUCAUAGAAAUGUAAUUUUUAAAGAUGAGGAUAAAUUUUAUACAUGUUCAAUACUUUGUGUAAGAUAUUUGAAUCUUUUUAGAUAAUUUGGUAAAACCUACUUUAUUACCAUGGGACUUCGUUGCAAAAUACAUAAACAUUUUCCCCGAAAUACAAAUAGCGAGAAGACAAAUAAUCUAGGAGAUUAUUUCUAGAAAACACUAUUUUUGUAAUAAUAAAAAUUCAAAUCAAAUUCAAUCCUACAAUAUAUUUACAUUGAGUUAA